UCACGUUGUAGUGGCUUUUUCUAGCUAUAAGAGCCCAUUUAGGGUCUCCGAGCCACCAGGAGGCCCCGCAAAGCAAGGCUGUUUAUAUAUUUAUUUAUUACAUAUAUUACAUUAAUCCAAGUAGGAUUUCGCUUUGGGCCCCUAUACGGUCAACCCCUAUACCUGUAGUGUGGACAGGAAAAGGUGAUGCUGUCAUGUGAUCUAUUUCUCCCGAAACAAUAAAGAUGGUGGCCCAUGCUGUAGCGGCAUUUUUGUGCCUGCUAUCCACUUUGAUGCUGUUGUUAUAGAUAAAAGUUACUUUGUACAAACUUCACAUUGCAUUCCUUCAAAAGCAAUGGGAAUUUUACUCUGAAUUGUUGUAUGCUGACGGAACACGUGGACAACUGCAUUCCAGACCUUACGCGCAAGGCCACGCAGACGAUUUAAACAUUUUCAGAUGUUUCAGUCGACGCACAAAUUUUGGGAAACGUUUGAAAACAGCAGAGCGUUCCGAAAACGAAAUGACGUUUUCAAAUUUAUCCAGAUUAAUAUGGACGUGACCUUGGAAGUAAUUAGUCAUGUGAUUACUUUCCUGGUGAAGUAAUCAGUAACGCAAUCAUUUGUGGUGGAUUACUUUUUUGAGGAAUUUACCGCAUGACGCACCAGGUUUGACUUCAUUGACGCCGAACUCCAUUCGUUCUCGCAUGCGCAAUCUGUUGGUCUCAAACAAAGGUUUCAUAGACUUGGAAUAUAGUGCAUGAUCAAUAGUCAUAAGGACAUUGUUCGUGAUAUUUUUGUAAUUGUGCUUUUUUUGAAGCCUAAAUCCCAAUCUGCUUUCAUUGUACAUUCAAGAGCAGACAUUUGGCAAAACACACAAUCUUUGUUUCACAAAAAACAAGAAUGACACGAGUAAACAAUGGCAAAAUUUUCAUUUUAGACAAACUUUUCCUUGAUAUCCCGAAGCGUCUUUGGCUUUUAUCAUGCUUGUUUGCAUUUUCAGAGAGCUGACUGGUUACUUACUAUAGUCUCACAGAGAUGCAUUGGUUAAAAACUCGCUGCAGCAGCCCGAGCAGCCACGCCUCUCUCUGUCCUCAGUGCUUGACACUCCGGAGAGCUUACUUGUCUCGGAAGAAGGGAUUUUUUGAGGGGAUUGUUGAGAAAAAAAACACUCCAAUGAGUGAGAGGAAAUAAUGUGACAAGAGCAGUGUGAGUGAGUGUGUGUGUUGUGUGUGUGUGUCCAGUGCCGCUCGCGCUGCUGCACCUGUCCCUCUCCGUCUUGCGCGCCCAAACUCAGCAGGCUCGCGCUGAAGGCAGGCAUUAUCCAGUCACACACAACACGGUCCUGCUGAACAUGACUUCGUCCUACAGUCUGGAUUUUAUCCCCGAAAUGAUGGUGGAGAGAGGAUUGUUGGGCGCGGGAGAGAUCCUUAACGGUACAGCUGGGAAGAUGAAUGGCGCCUUGGAACACUCGGACCAGCCCGAUCCGGAUGCUAUUAAGAUGUUUGUUGGCCAGAUUCCCCGCUCCUGGUCCGAGAAAGAGUUAAAGGAACUGUUUGAGCCCUAUGGAGCCGUCUACCAGAUCAACAUACUGCGAGAUCGCAGUCAGAACCCACCACAGAGCAAAGGGUGCUGUUUUGUCACAUUCUACACACGGAAAGCUGCCUUGGAGGCCCAGAAUGCACUGCACAACAUAAAGACCUUAACUGGGAUGCACCACCCCAUACAGAUGAAGCCCGCAGACAGCGAGAAAUCAAAUGCGGUGGAGGACAGAAAGCUCUUCAUCGGCAUGGUGUCGAAGAAAUGCAACGAGAACGACAUCCGAGUCAUGUUCUCUGCCUUCGGUCAGAUCGAGGAGUGCCGUAUUCUGAGGGGACCAGAUGGACUCAGCCGAGGAUGUGCGUUUGUCACGUUUUCUACCAGGGCUAUGGCACAGAAUGCAAUCAAAGCCAUGCAUCAGUCUCAAACCAUGGAGGGAUGCUCCUCUCCCAUGGUGGUGAAGUUUGCAGACACACAAAAGGAUAAAGAACAGCGGCGACUGCAGCAGCAGUUGGCGCAGCAGAUGCAGCAGCUGAACAGUGCGUCUGCCUGGGGCAGCCUGACUGGGCUAACCGGCCUCACCCCGCAGUAUCUGGCAGUAAGAGGACACACCCACGCAGCCACGCCCACCAGCAGCACAGCCAGCGCAGCCGCCGCAUUGCUCCAACAAGCGACCUCCUCCAGUAACUUAGGAGCAUUUGGUGGUAUUCAGCAAAUGGCAGGUAUGAAUGCUCUGCAGUUGCAGAAUCUGGCCACUCUAGCCGCAGCAGCGGCUGCAGCACAGAGCUCAGCCAGCCCGUCCACAGCUAGCGCCCUGACCUCCAGCACAGGGUCCCUGGGAGCCCUGGCCAGCCCAGCAGGUUCAACGGCUAACUCGAGUGCAGGUGCAAUGGGUUCCCUGGGUUCUUUGGGCACUCUGCAGGGUCUGGCCGGGGCCACCAUGGGCCUUAAUAACAUUAAUGCACUAGCAGGUAGCGUCAACAUUGCUCACAUGCUCUCAGGUAUGGCGGCUCUUAAUGGCGGGCUGGGCAGCACGGGCCUGAGUAACGGUUCGGCCGGGCCGAUGGACGCUCUCACACAGGCCUACUCAGGGAUCCAACAGUACGCGGCCGCCGCCCUGCCCACCCUCUACAGCCAGUCCAUACUGCAGCAACAGAGCGCUGCGGGCAGCCAGAAAGAGGGACCUGAAGGGGCCAACCUGUUCAUCUACCACCUGCCACAGGAGUUUGGGGACCAGGACAUCCUACAGAUGUUCAUGCCUUUUGGAAACGUGGUCUCUGCCAAAGUCUUUAUCGACAAACAGACCAAUCUGAGCAAGUGCUUUGGUUUCGUCAGUUAUGACAAUCCUGUUUCAGCGCAAGCUGCCAUCCAGGCGAUGAACGGGUUUCAGAUUGGCAUGAAGCGCCUCAAAGUCCAGCUCAAGCGCUCGAAGAACGACAGCAAACCAUACUGAUCUUAGCACUAGGGCCUCUCUCAUUUUACACUGCUAGGAACUCAUCUCCAUGACUAUAUGCUCAUCGUUUGCCUAGCAUGUCUACGUGGCGUACAAAAAAACGUCUCAUCGUCCCGUCAUUGUUUCUGAUGUCUUUCUGAGUUCUCCUGAUCAUAACCUGGUCUCCUUCUACUGAUCUCUGAACUUAGCCUGAUCUUUUUGGAGAUUUUUUGCAUGUGUCCUCAUUUUGAGCUUUUUUCCUGGUUGUUUUUUAUUUAUUUUUAUUUUUUUAUUUUAUUUUUUUUGUUUGGAUUAACGGUGAGGGAGGGAGCAAGGGAGGGAAGGGAAGGGAGGAAAGACAUAAAAUAAUAAUAACGUGAAAACGCUGCAUUCACACUCUAGAGACGGAGUAUAUUUACUAACAUAACCAGAGCAUCAUUUUAAGAAAAAGACAAAAAUGAAAAAUAAAUAAAUAAGAUAAUAAUAUUAAUAAUCCUGUGGCAAAACAAUUUAGAAUAUCUGUAUUUGAUUUAGGUUUUUAUUUUUCAGAUUAUGUUUUUUUCUCUCUCUCUCUCUCUCUCUCUCUCUCUCUCUCUCUCUCUCUCUCUUUACGUUGUUUUCUUUUUCACUCAUUUAAAGUAAACUUGAACGUUCAAUACAGGGAUUGGCGUUGGGAUUUGCGGUCGGCAACACUCGCAAAUUGAGGCCAUCCGUAAGAAACCCACACCGGUUUCGAAACGAAAUAGACUACUUCCACGCAGUUUUAAUAUAAAAAAAAUAUUAAAAAAAACUGUCUGAUCAAUAUUAGAAUCUCUCAGCGCUUGCUCGUGGUUUUUACAUUUUUCAGGCAGUGUAAAGUUUUUUGAUAAGGCCAUUUUAAGUGGCUUGAUUUCUCAUUAAAGUCUAUAUAAAACCACUUUUCUAGAGUAGUAAAGGUAUUCAAAUGAAAAACACAAGAUUGCCCUGUUUGGGGGAGGUGGGGUGGGGGUGCUACCUACGUGUCACACCUUUUGCUGAACUGACUUACAGUUAGACAAUCCGUGGUUUAAAUGCACAUGAAAUGACCUAUAUUUUAUACUGUUUAAAUGUAUAGAGGAAAAAAAAAAACAGUUUGUGUAACCCGCCGUCCCGUCGGUGCUUUUUGUGGAUAAAGUCGUGGUUUCAUUAAGUCUAACAGUCUUAUUUGUCUCAUGUUUUUAAAGAGAAGACUAAAAAUUUACUUGAACAAUAGACAACGCCUUUCAUAAGUACUAUUACUACUACUUUUUUGUUUGUUUUGUUUGUUUUCUUUUUCGUUUCCUUUUUUUUUUUUUUCGUUUUGUUUUUUUCGAUAGGAGUCCCUCUUUGCUAAAUUUCUUGUUGGGUAAUUAGCUAUAUAAAAAUGAUUCAAGUUAAAGUGUCGGCUUGUGAAGCAUCUGUGUCAUUAUAUUAUUUUAUUUCUAUUGUGGGAAACAAUAUUUAGAUGUGUUAUGUUGUUCAGCAAAAUGUGAUUUUUUUUUUUUUUUUCUUAUAAAGAAAAACGAGUGGAAUUUAGUGCCAAAUUCUGACGGUACAUCCUGCCUACAGCUUCAGUGUUUUACUUGUGACAUUAUUUGAUAACAUGGGUAUUUUAUUAUGUAAGUGUUUUGUAUGGAACCCUCAUAUUUAAAGAUAUAGAUUUAAAAAAGGUUGUUAACUUGCACUUCUGUGGUCUUGUUGCCUGAAACUGUUCAUGUUUUUUGCUUUCUAUUUUUUCUUUAUUUGUAAAGAUGUAAAAAGUGCCCAUGUGUCAUAAUCUCUCUCACAAGCACAUACACACACACACACACACACGCACACACACACAUUCACAGGUAAGCACAUAAACACACGCAUGCACGCAUACACACACCUGUGCUAAAGGUUGACCUCACAACCCUCUUUUCUUUGACGGUGUGUGUAUGUGAGCCCCUGAGAUUGAGUCUCAGCAGUUCUCCUUAACACACAUUAAGUGUCCCCAUACACAACUGAAGGCCUAGUUUACAUUUAAUUCAUUUACAUUUAACAGUUUAUAUUAGCUGCUGAUUUUGUACUUAAGAGCCCAAUUAGUCCUUACAAACUCUUCUAAGACAUCAUCAGUAAACAAUUAAUUUGUGCGAUGGGACAAAAUAUUCAGUUUCUAUAUGAAUCGCGAGCUAGGUGUUGAAUUUUUGACCAUCAUGAUAAAAUGCAAGGGCCGUCAUAACAGCCGUUUUUUACACACAUAAUAAUAGGUGAAUUAUUACGUUUCUUAAACAACAGCUGUUCUGUUUUGCUUUUCGUUAAAUACAACCCCAAUACCAAAAAUGUUGUGACCGUAAGAAAAAUUAUCAUUAAAACCAAAGAGAGUGAUUUUGUAAAUUAUAUUCACUCUUUGCUAUAUCAAAAGCACCACAACUACACAUUAUAUGUUGUUUUUCCUUGUGAAUUUCCUUGUUUUUUUUAAUCGACAAUCAAUUCAAAUAAGAUGAUUGCAACACACUCCAAAAAAGUUGAGACGGGCAAUUUAAGACUAAUUACAAUUUGACGAGUUUAAAUAACAAGGUGAUGUGAAACAGGUGAGGCAAUCGUAUCAUAGUACUGUAUACUGUAUAAGGACCCUCCAUAAACAGCCUAAUCCUUUAAGAGCAAGGACCAUUCGAGACUUCUCAAUUUGCCAACAGAUACUUCAGCAAAUAAUCCAGCACUUUGAGAACAAUGUUCCCCAAAGAGAAAUCGAAGGAAGUUGGGCAUUUCGCCCUCUACAGUGGACAAUAUAGAUAAAGAUUCAAGGAAUCUGGUCAAAUCUUGGUGCAUAAAGGGCAAAACGAAAACCACUUCAGAAUGCACGUGAUCUCUGAGCCCUCAAGACAUCACUAUCUUAUAAAACAUAAUUCAUCUGUAAUGGAUAUCAUGAACAUGGGCUUGAGAUAACUUUAGUAAACAUUUGUUAGUCAACACCACUCGCCGCUGCAUCCACAGAUGCAAGUUAAGACUUUACUAUGCAAAGCAGAAGCCGUACAUCAACACUGUCCAGAAGCGCUGCCGACUUAUCUUAAAUCGGUCUCACCUUAGAUGGAAAGUAGAACAGUGGAACCGUGUUUUUUGGUCCAAAGAGUCCACAUUUCAAAAGGUUUCUGAAAAACGAAGCCUUCGUGUUAUCCAGGCCAAAGAGGAAAAGGACCAUCCAAGCUGUUAUUAGCAUCAGGUCAAAAGCCAGUGUCUGUAUGGGUCAGGGGUGUGACAUUGCCCAUGUUAUGGGUAACUCGCACAUCUGCGAGGACAACAUGAAUACAGAAAGAUAUGUAAAAUGUUUGGAGCAACAUAUACUGCUAUCCAGAACCAUCUUUUCCAGGGAUGUCCCUGCAUUUUCCAGCAGGACAACUUCAAACCACAUACUUCCCGGAUUUCAAGUACAUUACUGUGUGAGCAGAGAGUGCGGGUGCUAGACUGGCCUACCUGCAGUCCUGACCUGUCUCCAAUUGAGAAUGUGUGGUGCAUUAUGAAGCGCAACAUACAGCAAUAUAGACCCCGUACAAUUGUGCAGCUGAAGACCUGCAUAAUGAAUGAUUGGGGGAAAAUUCCACUUUCUAUACUUAACAAACGUGUGUCUUCAGUGCCCAAAUGCUUAAUAUGUAUUAUUAGAAGAAAUGGUGAUGUUUCACAGUGGUAAACACUCGACUGUCCUAAAUUUUUUGGAGCGUGUUGCAAUCAUCUGAUUUGAAAUGAGUGUACAUUAAAAAAAAAAAAACAAGAAAAUUCUCAAGGAAAAACCUCAUAUAAUGUGUAGUUGUAGUGUUUUCAAUAAAGCAAAGAGUGAAUGUCAUUUAUAAAUCACUCCUUUUUGUUUUUAUUAGCAUUUUUCAUACUAUCCCAACCUUUUCGGAAUUUGGGUUGUAGUAAACGUUGAUUUUUGCUGCUUAUAUCAGGACUAUUUUACAUUUGUAGGACAAUUAAAAUUCCAUCCUAAUGCCAAAGUAGUUCAGCGUGAUCCACAGUGUUUGAUAGCACCUGUAACACUUUGCUGAAAAUGUUUACACAUGGUUUAAUAGCCCAUAUACAGUAUAAAUAUUGUUUACAAACAUAGUUUACAGGCAGCCCCAUCAAAGACAUUAACUUCACUCGAUAGCACUAUUUUAUACCCAAGCUCUGCCGUUGCCUUAACAUGCCGAUCAGUAUUAGUGGGCUGGAAUAUUUUGCUGCACAUAUAAAACGUGUGCCAAAGGAUUGUGUGUCCAUGUGAAUGUGGACCUGUUAAGGUGUGUGUCUCUGCUGUGACUGGUUGGUUUGUCCUCUAUUCGUCCACUUUGUCUAUUAUCUUAAGCCAAAACAAGGUCUGCCAAACUUUCUGCCAGUUAAGAAAAUAAAUAAAUGGCCACAUUAAUAAAACACGAGCAGAACGGAUUUCUGUGUAAACUGUUUUUAAAAUUAUUCUAACGUGGUUUUACUACCAAUUUUAUGGUUUUAUGAGAGGUUAACACGUACAAUCACAUUCAAUGCAACAGUGUAUAUAAGAAUGGUUUUACAGAUUUUUUCCCUUUAAUGAGCUGUUUACGCUUAAAAUUGUCACUGUCACAUUUAAUUCAACAAUACACGGUUUUGCGAAAGGUAUUAUCAAUAUUCUUGUAGCCUACAAGAUGUUUGCGCAUAAAAUUGCCGCUUGGACACAUUCAAUGCAAUAAUGUACGUAAGAACGUUUUUACAACCAAUUUUACUGUUUUAUGAGCUGUUCACGGGUACAUGUUUACAUGUCUCUUUCAAUGCAAAAAUCUAAGUACAAUUGGUUUUACAAAUUAUUUUGCGUUUUUACGCAAUUAAUUUAACGCAAUAAUUUAUGCGUUAAAUUGUUGCUUGGUCACAUCCAAUGCAACAAUGUAUGUAAGAAUGGUUUUACGAAUAAUCUUUGCAGAAUGAAACAAUAGCAGCAAAAAAUUCUGUAUAAAUAGUUUGUAAAACAAUUCUUGCGUAAAUUGUCACCAUGUGACAUUUUACAUUAGAAUGGUUCUACAAAUAAUUUAGCGAUUUAACUAGCUGUUUACACAGCUGUUUACAGCUGUUUUCCCUCUCACUUUCAAUGUAACAAUCUAUGUAAGAAUGGUUUUACAAAUAAUUUUGUGGUUUUACAAACUGUUUACGUGUAAAAUUGUAGCUUGGUCACUUGCAAUGCAACAAUUUCUGUAAGAAUAGUUUAACGAAUGAUUUUCACGUAUUCGUUCUACUCGUGUUUCUGAACGAGUUUGUCGCCCUAUAUAUUCGAUACAACAAUCUACAAAACAAUGGUUUUCUGUAUAAUUUAUUUGUGGUUUUAUGAGCUAUUUACAUGUAAACGUUUCGCUCUAUCACAUUCGAUGCAACAAUCUAUGUAAUUACAAUAAAUUUAGCAGUUUUCUAAGCUGUUUACACCUCAAAUUGUCACUUGGUCACAUUCAGUGCAACAAUGUAUGCAAUUGUCACAUCAUGCAAAAUGUGCAAUUGCAGCAAUUUUUCAAAGAAUGAGUGUACGGCUGAUUUCAUUUUACGAAACAACUAUACGCACAUAUAAUUGUUGCAUCAGUGCAACAAAUUCAGUAAAAUAGUUUUAAGAAUGAUUUACAUAAAUUUGUUCUGCUCGUGUUUCUGAACGAGAUUGUCAUUUUGUCACAUUCAAUACAAAAUCUACAUAACAAUGGUUUUAUGAGCUAUGUACGCAUAAAAUCUUUGCUUGGUGGCAUUCAAUUAUGAAUGAUCUUGUAGAAGAUGUUAGCAUGUGAAAUUGUCACUUGGUCACAUUCAAUGCAACAAUAUACGCAAUUGUCGCAUCAUGCAAAAUAUGCCUCUACAGCCAUUUACAUAAGAAUGGUUUUAUGAACCAAUUAUACAUACAAUUGUUUCAAUGGCGCAUUCAACAAUUUUGACCACUUUCGUAAGAAUAGUGUUGCAAACUUUUUGCGCACAUUUGUUCUGGAAAUGGAAAUGCGUUUUCUGGUAUUUAUAACUAUACCUUAAUGAAUACAUUUUGUACUGGGAAGUUGGACUGAGUCAGUUUACAAUUUACUGUUUCCAUUGCCAAAUCUUAUAACCACUAGCACAAACACAAAAGCACAUAUGCACUAGCACAGCGUUAACACGCAGUAUUGAAACUGACGACAUGUUAAACUUACCCAGUACCACAGUUGACAACUUGCUGAUUAAUCCUUCCAUAAAGUUGUUUAAACUUUGGUUUCUAGUGGCAUGAAUAGAAUUAUAAUAUUGGAAAAUUCUUCUUUUGACCUCUUGAUUUGUUUAACUUUAUGUAAUAUCACUCACAGUAUUUUUCACAUUGGUGUUCCCAUUCGGUUUCCACACUUUGUCACAAUCAACUACACAGACAUUCGACAAACAGGGUAAGCUACAUGGCCAGCGCAAUUUGACACAAAACACACAUAAACACUUUUGUUUGAUGUUAAGAAAAGCACAAACUCACAGGGGUCUUUGCAGGAGUCCUGGCUGAGGCUCUCAUCUCAGGGGUUUUAACGCACCACACGCAUCUGAAAUCUGUUUGUUUCUUUUGUUUCUUUCUUUCUCUUAAGUGCUAUUUAACAAGUGUAUUUUAAAGAAAAAAGAUGUGUAGUUUCUUUGCUUUUUGGCUUAUUAUGUCAAGUUUUUUGGAAAAAUGUAUGUUUUAUCUAACGUGCCGUAACAAAAGCUUGUCGUCUGUAGAUUAAUAUCAUUUCGUUUGAUUCUAUGAAGAUUUAAAUAGUUUUAAGUAUUGUCUUGAGAAAAGCCAAAGUCAAUGCAUUUCAGUGGAUUAUGUAAGCGUGAUACAUGUUUGUUUGACAUCACUUUGAAAAUCUGUCAUUGGAUGGGAAUUUAAAAAGUACAAAAAAAGCAGGCUUUCCUAUUUCUAUCACUGAUUGUACUUAUGCCUUUUGUACCAGUGGAACUUUUUAUACUGGCAAUUAAAGGAAAAAAAAAAAACUAUCCGACAGGCCGCCCGCGGCGACUGGUUCCCGAGUUUGAUUUCUAGUUGGCGUCCAGAACGGUCGGUUUUGAUAUAUAAAGAUUUUUUUAGGAGAAAACUUUGGCUUGGUAUCUUUAGCCUCCUCUUCCUUCUUCUUCUUCUUCUUCUUCACGUCAGUAUUUGCUUUGCUUUUCAUUUGUUUUCUCGAAAGGAGGGUUGGGGAGUUUUCCUUUUGGCUUAUAAAUGCGUAAUGCCGUUUGUCUUUACCAAGAGUCUUUACAACAACGGUAAGUUUCAUUUAGUUGAGUAUUGUGCAGUCACCAUAAGACGAUUAGAUGAUUUAGAAGUAUUUAGUCACCUUCAGUGGAUAAAUGUAUUAGUUUGACAACGAGAUAAAAGUAAUUUGAGGACUUUGCUUUUAGCUGUUUAGAUUUUUCUGGUUUCUCUGUCUUUGCUGUUAACCUAAAUGUGUAGCUGGAACAGUCAGACUUAUUUUUGUAAAUGUAUGUUCUUGUGUGAUGCAGUUUUUUGCCUCUGUCUCCGAUAUUAAACCAUUUUUCCUAAUACUUGUCUCUCUCUCUGUGGCGUGGUGUUCCAGUUCCUGUCCGAUGUUGUACGAAUGUUCACGCAACCCUCUGGUGUUUUCCGUCUCUUUUCUAUCUCCCUUUCCUGUGCUCACUUUUAUCUGUACCGUUUGUUUCGUUUCUUGGUUUUCCUUUUUACGUUAGUGCUAUUCAAGUCCCAUCACAAAACAUGGUAAAUAUACAUAAAGAUUUGUAUAUGUAUAUUUCUGUGCAGCCCAACUUGCUGUAACAGUAGAUGGACAGCCAUUUUAUGCUCAUUUUUAAAACACACUUCUGUGAGGCCCCUGGUCCUUUGAAACGUAACAUCAGACCCCAAAACCGAAGAUGUGGAAAUGUUAAAUAUUUCACAUGAAAUUAAAAUUGACCCAUUUUUCAACUAUUCCAGUAGUUUGGAUUUGAAUGGAGAGUUAGAACUCAACAAUAUUGGGGUUAAAGGAAAUGCUGCUAGCAUAAAACUGACGAUACAUACUGUAAUGAGGUCAUACUGUUCUGUACUGUACUGCUGAUCUGGGCGUGGCCCCCGUCUGUCCUUCUGUCUUUGUCCCUAUCUACUAUGUGCUGUCUAUGUGUCCACUGCAUCCCUACAGAGAUACCAGAGUCCCAAAUCAAGUUACUACCAUUAUUAAGAAAUAAAAGUGAUACUUAAGUGUUUCAGUACUUUUGAAGUACAAGUUAGAGCAGUUGACAGGGGUUAAAUGUUUAUUAUUUUUCGCGAUCAAACCGUUCAAAUAAAUUUUUAAAGGGUUAAUUAGUCCAAAAAUAAACAUUUGACUACCACUUACAGUUAUAGUUAUUAUGUGUCACAUAUUUCUUUCCUCAGUAAACACAAACGGGGUAUUUUGAACGCUUCUUCAUACAACACGAGUCGAUGGUGGCCAGCUCCUGUUAUGAUCUAUUAAGUACAUAUAUAUAUAUAUAUAUAUGUGUGGUAUAUUCCAAGUAUUUUUUGGGUAAACUUUCCAUUUAAUUCUGU